AUGUCUGUCGCAACUAGCUCAGCUACAGGAAAUGAAAAAGUAUCUGCUAUUUGUCAAGAGAUUGCUCGACUCAACUUGAAUCUUAAUGAAGAGAGUUUUUCAACAACAGAGAGGGUUAAAUUACGCGCAUUUUUCAUCAAAAACUCGAAUAAUAUAAACUUUGUAUCAGAGGCUCUCGACACAAUUCCACCUGAUAAUUAUAAUGAGAGACUCGCGCUACUGAAAGAAUUGUCGUCUGACACUUCCAUAGAGGGCAUUACGCAUGAUUUUGAGCAAUUGAAAUUUUCAGAAGGUACUAGCGAUACAAUCAAAUCAUUUUCUGAUAUACUUUCGGGUAUUUUGAUAAUUACGGAAGAAAAUUCGAUUCAAAUAAAAAAAAAUUCAGAUCAAAUAAAAGAGCUGGUUCAAAUUGCGAGGAACCGCGAAGCUGUUUUAGGAGAAUAUGAGUUAGAAGGUACUGAUUCAGAUGCAAGGU